CUUUCCUUCCUCGCGUCUAGUAUAUAUUUUGAUUAGACGACAGCGCGACGAUCAAAGCUCGAACGAUGUGCGAUGAUGCGACGAGUGAAAAGUAAAAGAGCGAAAACCGAGGAAACAACGUUCGAAUCUUUUUAAAAGUUCCCGAUAGUAUUAUAACGACGUCGUCAAUGGAAAACGCGUGACGCGACUGACGACGACGACGACGGCUUUGCCGCCCUCGUCCGCUGACCCCCUCGCCGUCCCCUCUUUCAACCCUCCACCAACAACGCCACCCCCUAACAACGUGCCCCCUACCCCGCCCGGAAUUCGCUUCACCCUCCCACGAAAGCUAAUUCGUCGAGGCUAUUCCCUCGUGUUUAUCGACGGAGCCACAUUCUGCUUUUUCCCUUCGCCUUCUCUUUCCCUUUAUCUUUAUAUCUUCCUUUCUAUUCGUCAAUUUUAAAGCCGACUUUAAGGUCGACGACGACGACGAUUCGCGUUAACAUUUUCGAUACUCGUUACGAUAAAUACUCGAUCGAUUAUUAGCAAUACGUAACGGACUUCUAAUUAGGUUAAUAAUUUACGUUGAACGUACGUGUACGACGUGUGGCCUGUAACGUUAAAAUGUCAUAUUUUAUUUCCAACAUACUUUUGUUAUCUCGUCAAGGUAUUGAAUUGUGGGAGACGCAGUUGACACAGUUGCGUCAAAUGUCAGCUGUCAAAAAUUGGUUAUCUAUAGAAUGGCGCCACGUUACGUUCCACGUUCGCUAUGUAGAUAGAUGGCUUUUUUAAGAAGGUUAACUUUGUUAGGUUAUGUUUCUCUCUGUCCAAUAUGUACGGGCGGGCGUGCACUUGAGCUCUUCACUUUUCUAGACUUUUUCCUUUAACUUGGUGUAUGAAAAGAUCGCGAAUGAAGAACGGAAAUAGAGAAACGAUGUCGUAUUUGCGCGAUUGGAGACAAGCUUUGCGCGUUCCUCACGUUUAUCGAGUGGCGAAUAGUACUUUUUACAUUCAAAGACAAUUUUUAGCCAUGAUAUGCGUUUUAUUGUGCGUCCCGCUCUUCCUCUUGAUCUAUCCCUUUUUCCGAAACGUCAUUUGCACGCCCGCCACCCAUCAACAACCUUUGUCCCAAUGUCGCUAUUAUAGAUACAAUAAAACUUAUCCAGCCACAUCGCCUAUCAGGACGUCCAAAGGUAUCACCUACAGAAUAGCUAUAGUCAGCGAUUUAGAUCACGACUCCAAAGCCUUAGAUAAAAAGGAUACUUGGUAUAGUCUUAUGAAGACGGGUAGUCUCUUCUGGAAUCCAUCUACAAAUUUUCUUUCGAUUCUCUGGGACGACAGGACUCUUGUUUUGUCUUCGUCCUUGGCUAUGAAAGCUAGAGGUAUGGAAUUGUCGGAAUUGAUCACCUUCGAUGGCCAUCUGUUAACCUUCGACGACCGAACCGGGAUGAUAUAUCAUAUAGAAGAUAAUCAGGCCUACCCUUGGGUCAUCUUAUUGGACGGCAAUGGAAAAAAUCCAAAAGGCUUUAAGUCAGAAUGGGCAACGGUUAAGGAUGAACAAUUGUACGUGGGUAGUAUGGGAAAGGAAUGGACCACUCCUUCCGGUGAAUAUGAACACAAUAAUCCCCAAUGGAUCAAAGUAGUUUCCCCUAAGGGGGAAAUUCACUCCAUAAAUUGGAUUUCAAAUUACAAGAGACUGAGGCAAGCGAUUAAUAUUGAGUAUCCAGGUUAUAUGAUACAUGAAUCAGGUGCAUGGAGUGAUAUACAUAAAAGUUGGUUCUUUCUACCGAGGAGAUGUUCCAAAGAACGCUACAAUGAAACCAAGGAUGAGACAAUGAGCUGUAACGUUCUCCUAACUGCUGAUGAAAAUUUUGUAGAUAUUAAGGUUAAAGAAAUCGGUGAAUUAAUUCCUGUUAGAGGCUUCUCGAGUUUCAAAUUUCUACCGGGAUCCGAGGACACGGUCGUAGUAGCGUUAAAAACGGAAGAAUAUCAGGGGAAAACGGCAACGUAUAUUAUGGCAUUCUCUAUAGACGGUACCAUUAUAAUGCCGGAAACGAAAGUAAUGGAUAAGAAAUUCGAAGGAUUCGAAUUUAUAUGACGAUUCCUAUGGUCGUAGUUUAUUAUUAUUAAUAGGACAAAUUGUAAAUAAGUGUAAAAAUUCUUUAGGGAAUCAUUUUAUACCGAUACAGGAAAAGAAAACUAUUCUACUUGUAACAAUACUCGAGCAUUGUCUUACCGCGUGGCCAGAGGUACCACUUAUGUUUUCAUCUCUAUAGUGUAAUAAUGAUCGAUUCGAGAUGAUUGUCUUACGUACAAAUCUAUUAACAUGUAACUAAAGAAUAUUGUAAAUAUUUCCAUACGUACAUAUGUGUGUCUAUGCAAGUGUGCACACGCACGCACACACACAUAUGCAUUGAAAAAUUUUCAUCAUUCGCCGCGCUUCGUAAUAAGCGAUAUUAUUUUUUUCGGGCAAACGUUAAUGACAUUACGAAAAUAUAAAUGCUCGUCGAAUUUGAGAGAUUUUCAAGCUUA